AAGUACCAGGCUCCUAGUUGACUACCGCUCGCUUGUCUUUCAGAAUACAAAAUGCCUGAGCCCGUUACGUUCCUUGUUCAGUAGUUGAGUGGCACCCAAAGGUCACCAGCGACCGAUAAGUGAUAACACAAACACACGAGCGCUCUUCUUCUACUCGUGAUCGAGUAUUAUGGUGGUUUUCAUUCAAACUUUACUGCUCUGCGUGACUAAUGUAAAUAGUGUGUGAUGCCCUUGUUGUUUUCGUUCGAUUGAAGGUUUGUGCGCAACUGCUUCUCAAUGACAUUCUUUUUCAAACGAGAUGAUGUCUACUGCGACCGAAACUCGAAGAUGAAACGACGGAGGCGACAAAUCGGCCAAAUAUGUCUCCUAGUCCUGGGUCUACUCCUCAUCGGAGCCGGCGUCUCCAUCUUCGUGUUCUUCGAGGCUAUCUACGAAUUCAUUCUUGCCGAAGUCCUCAAAUUCACACCCACCUCACGACCGUAUAAAGCGUGGAACACCAACGAUCCUCCUCUCAUCAUGGACAUCUACCUGUUCAAUUGGACAAAUCCUGAACAAAUCUAUAACAUUUCGGCCAAGCCGGAAUUUCAAGAAGUGGGACCUUAUAGGUUCAAGGAGAUUAAAGAGAAGAUUAAUAUAUUGUGGCAUGAGGAUAAUUAUACAGUUAGUUACCAACAUCGAAAGUUGUAUUAUUUCGAUGACGAGAAUAGUCUUAGGAAGUUAACUGAUGUGAUAUCAACAAUAAACGCAGUGCCAUUAACCAUUGGUUUCAAGACCAGACUGUCGAGCUGGUUUACCAAAAGACUCAUAUCAGCAACGUUAUCGAGUGUUUCUAGUCUACAUGUAACGAAGAACGUGUCCCAGAUAUUAUUCGAAGGUUACGAUGAACCGAUAUUGGGCACAUUAUCGAAGUUUCCCUUUUUAAACGUCCAGGAUAAAUUUGGGAUCUUUUAUGGUGGCCAUUGCAAUGACAUCAAAGGUUCAGCGGGAGAGUUUUAUCCAUUUCACAGGCAAAGACAGAAAGUCACACUGUAUUCAGCGGAGCUCUGUAAAUAUGCCGAAUUAGAAUAUGUAGAAGAUGUCGUUAUUAAAGGUGUUUUGGGCUAUAAAUAUACGGCAGAUAACAUUUUUGAUAAUGGUACUCAUCGACCAGAAAAUGCCUGUUUCUGCACGGGAGAGUGUAUCCCGUCGGGGGUUUUUAACGUUUCUACGUGUAGGGAUAACUCCCCGAGUUUUUUAUCCUUUCCACAUUUUUAUCGGGCUGAUCCUUAUUACACGGACAAGAUGAGCGGGAUGAGGCCCGAUAAGGGGAAACAUGAAUUUUACAUAGUUAUCGAACCGAUAUCGGGAGUCAUAAUGCAUGUCCAGAUAGUAAUGCAAGUGAAUAUGUUGCUACAACCAAUUCCAAGUAUACGAAUAUAUGAAAAAGUACCAAGACUCUACGUACCUUUAUUCUACUUCACUCAAACCAUACCACUAGCAGAUGAUGUAGCCAGUAGCCUAAGACUGAUCCAAAAUCUUCCCGAAUAUAGCAACUAUAUUUUUUACAUCCUACUAGGACUUGGUAGUUUGUCCAUUCUGUGGGCGUUAUGUUCUUGUAUAUGGUGUUAUACAAGCAAACAGACGUUUCACGUCAAUGGAAAAUCAAAAAAGACUCAUGAUGAGAUACCUCUUCGAGACAAAAAAUGACACUUUUUAUUUUGUUAUUGUAUUUUUAAUUUUGUUUAUAGAAAUAAAUUUUUUACCAAA